AUGGCCGGAAAGGGAGAGGGACCAGCCAUCGGAAUCGAUCUCGGAACCACAUACUCUUGCGUCGGUGUGUGGCAACAUGACAGAGUUGAAAUCAUCGCCAAUGACCAAGGAAACAGAACCACGCCGUCGUACGUUGCUUUCACCGACUCCGAGCGUCUAAUCGGUGAUGCCGCUAAGAAUCAAGUCGCCAUGAACCCUAUCAACACCGUUUUUGAUGCUAAGAGGUUGAUUGGACGUAGAGUUAGUGAUGCAUCUGUUCAGAGUGAUAUGAAGUUAUGGCCAUUUAAAAUUAUUGCUGGUCCUGCUGAAAAGCCAAUGAUUGUUGUUAACUACAAGGGUGAAGAUAAGCAAUUUGCUGCUGAAGAGAUCUCUUCAAUGGUUCUGAUGAAGAUGCGGGAGAUUGCUGAAGCUUACCUUGGCUCUGCAAUUAAGAAUGCUGUUGUUACUGUCCCUGCUUACUUUAAUGAUUCUCAGCGUCAAGCUACCAAGGAUGCUGGAGUGAUUGCUGGUCUUAAUGUCAUGCGAAUCAUCAAUGAGCCCACAGCUGCUGCCAUUGCUUACGGGUUAGACAAGAAAGCAACUAGUGUUGGUGAAAAGAAUGUCUUGAUUUUUGACCUUGGUGGUGGUACUUUUGAUGUCUCUUUGCUUACUAUUGAAGAGGGUAUCUUUGAGGUCAAAGCUACAGCUGGAGACACCCAUCUUGGAGGUGAGGAUUUUGACAACAGAAUGGUGAAUCACUUUGUUCAAGAGUUCAAGAGGAAGAACAAGAAGGAUAUCAGUGGCAACCCUAGAGCACUCAGGAGAUUGAGAACUGCUUGUGAGAGGGCGAAGAGAACUCUUUCUUCCACUGCCCAGACAACCAUUGAGAUUGAUUCUCUAUAUGAGGGAAUUGAUUUCUAUUCCCCCAUUACUCGUGCCAGAUUUGAGGAGCUCAACAUGGAUCUUUUUAGGAAAUGUAUGGAACCAGUUGAGAAAUGUUUGAGAGACGCCAAGAUGGACAAAAAGAGUAUCCAUGAUGUUGUUCUUGUAGGUGGUUCUACCAGAAUUCCAAAGGUUCAACAACUUUUGCAGGACUUCUUUAAUGGAAAGGAGCUAUGCAAAAGCAUUAAUCCCGAUGAGGCUGUUGCAUAUGGAGCUGCUGUUCAGGCUGCAAUCUUGAGUGGCGAGGGCAAUGAGAAGGUUCAGGAUCUUCUUCUCCUUGAUGUUACUCCUCUAUCUCUUGGUUUGGAGACUGCCGGUGGUGUGAUGACUGUCCUUAUCCCAAGGAAUACCACCAUUCCAACAAAGAAAGAGCAAGUUUUCUCGACCUACUCCGACAACCAGCCUGGUGUGUUGAUCCAGGUCUUUGAAGGAGAGAGAACAAGGACUAGAGAUAACAAUUUGUUGGGCAAGUUUGAACUUUCUGGCAUUCCUCCUGCUCCCAGGGGUGUUCCGCAAAUUACCGUCUGCUUUGACAUUGAUGCCAAUGGUAUAUUGAAUGUCUCUGCUGAAGACAAGACUACUGGACAGAAGAACAAGAUCACCAUCACCAAUGAUAAGGGUAGGCUUUCAAAGGAUGAUAUUGAGAAGAUGGUUCAAGAGGCUGAGAAGUACAAGUCUGAGGAUGAAGAGCAUAAGAAGAAGGUUGAGGCCAAGAAUGCGUUGGAAAACUAUGCAUACAACAUGAGGAACACCAUCAAGGAUGACAAGAUUGCAGGCAAACUUGAUUCUGAAGACAAGAAGAAGAUUGAGGACACCAUUGAGCAGGCUAUCCAGUGGUUAGACAGCAACCAACUUGCAGAGGCAGAUGAGUUUGAGGACAAAAUGAAGGAAUUGGAAAGUGUCUGCAACCCUAUCAUUGCCAAGAUGUACCAGGGUGGUGCCGGUCCUGACAUGGGUGCUGCUGCAGAUGAUGAUGAUGCUCCUACUGGUGGAAGUGGUGCUGGCCCCAAGAUUGAGGAAGUCGACUAA